AUGGUCGUCAAAGACGCCAUUGUGACGGUGCAAGACGCCAUGUCCGACUACCAAGACAAGCAGUCGACGCACUACACCACCCGCAGUAUCGAGAUGACACGGCAGUCCUCGAGUCCUAUCAACAGAGCUCCCUACACGACUCAACGGCAGCUCACUGAUAGUGACUCCGACGAUGAAGGAUUGACACAGCUUGGUUUGAAAUGGCAGCGGAUAAGGAAAAAUGUCCUCCUGCGGUACAUCAUCUACAUUGUGCCUGUGGCCGUGCUGUUGGCCAUCCCCAUUGUCCUCUUCGCCACGGUAUACAAGGACUCGAGGAUCAUGUCCACUUACAAAACAACGUCCACAACCCCGCUCACCACCACCAACGUCACCCAUGUCGACCCUGUGACCGGCAACAGCACCUCCGAUGUCACUUCGCUGUACAACACCACAACCGCAACCAUCUACGAGACCACCACCCACACCGAACACCGUGGCAUCCGUCUCCUGGGUCUCUUCAUCUGGAUCGAAGUGGUCUGGGUCCUGCUGUGGGUUGCCAAACUGCUGGCCCAGGCGGUCCCGAUCGUGUUCCAAACCGUCGGUGGAGCCAUUCACACAGGCCUCCGCAAGUACUGGCUGGUGCUCAAGGCGGUGGAAAUCCCGCUGUCGCUCUUCUUCUGGGCCAUCCUGUCCAUCGCAUCCUACUCGCUCAUCUACGUCUUUGACCAGGACUUCCACAAUGACCACGCCGGCAAGAUCAAAUGGCUCCACACGCUGCACAACGUGCUCAAGGCCUCGAUUGGCGUCGCGGCCCUGUACCUGGUGGAGAAGAUGCUCAUCCAGAUGGUCAGCGUCAACUACCACGGCAAGCAGUUCUACGACAACAUCAAGGAGCUGAAGACGCUCAGCCGCGCCAUCGAAACCAUGUACGACGUCUCGCGUCGACGGUUCCACGACAACCAUCCGGCCUUUAUCGAGGAUGACCUCGAUAUCCAGGACACCAAGGGAUACCGCAAGGACCGGCUCGGUCGGUUGAGGAGCAAAGAUCAAUCCACGGCCAUUUUGAUGACGAAUCUCGGCAACGCCGCCGCCAAUGCCACCUCGGUGCUCGGAUACCUCGUCAGCGACAUCGCCGGCCGACAGGUUCUCAUGCCCACUGCGUCUGGCCCCGUCGUCGAAGCCGCACUUGAACGGCCCGUCAGCACCGAAGCCCUCGCUCGCCGGAUCUGGAACUCGUUCACCAACUUUGGCGAGACCAAGCUGGAUCAAGCCGCCAUCACGGCCAUGCUCGGACCCGGCCACGAAGACCAAGCUCUGUACAUCCACUCCAAAGUCGACGCCGACGAGAACGGUGACCUCACCAUGGAAGAGAUGGUCGACCUGGUGAAAAAGGUCGCCAACGACCGCAAGACCAUCUGGGAAGGGGCCAACGACGUCAAAGAUGCCAUCAAAGUCCUUGACCGCGUGCUGGGCGUCAUCGUCUUGAUCUUCGUCUUCCUCAUCUACGCCGCCUUCUUCUCCGACUAUCUCGCCAACCACUACACCCAGAUCUGGUCGACCUUUACCGGUUGUUCGUUCCUGUUCGCCAGCACCGCCGGUGAGCUCUUUGCCGCCUGUAUCACGGUCUUUAUCAAGCAUCCCUACGACGUCGGUGACCGCAUCAUUGUCAACGAUAGCGAGAUGGACGUCGUCAAGAUCUCCCUCCUGUAUUCCGUCUUCCGGGAGGUGCAGUCGAAGCAGAUGAUCCAGAUCCCCAACAGCAACAUCAACGGCGUCUGGAUCAAGAACGUCACCCGGUCGAAGGAGCUCCGGGAACAAAUUUCGCUCAACGUCUCGGUGGGGACGUCGUUCGAGGACAUUGAAACUCUUCGCGGGGAGAUGCUCAAGUAUGUCAGCGAGCACAAGCGGGAUUUCAUGCCCAUGGUGGACAUCCAGCUGAUCUCGAUCGCGGACCUGUCCAAGCUCGAGCUGCGUGUCGAGUUCCAGCACAAGGGCAACUACGCCUCGGACUUUGUCCGCGCACAGCACCGCAGCAAGUUCGUGUGCGCGCUGCUGUCGGCGGUGCGGAAGGUGCCCAUCGACGGUCCGGGUGGCGGCGGCCCGUCAGCCGGAUCGAUGGAAUCGCCCAACUACACGGUCGCCAUCACGAGUGACGUGGCCAAGGCGGCCAAGGCGCACUUUGACGAGGAGAAGGAUAAGAAGCGGAUGAUCCCCAAGACCCACGGCCCUGCCGCCAGUGAGAUCGGGGUGGCGGUCGGAGGACCCGUGGGCAGCACGGGGCUCCAGGUCCAAUCCAGCGAGGCGCGAAGCAGGACUGGCGGUUCGGGGCCACGGGGCUCGGACGACUUCACCAAUAUUUCUCUGCAUAGAUGA